GAUUCUGAGCAGACAGUCAGAAAGAAUGUGUGUGCGCAUGAGCAUUUAGGCCUAUAUUAUUUUAUAAUUUUUUUCGAUCUUUGAGUUAGUUAAUUCUAUUCAUUUAAAUAUUUUGAUUAUUCAUAUUUUUUUUAAAUAUAUAUUUUUAGAAAUAGAUUCGGCUCUUCUGAUAUGCGAGCCAGCUUCCAACGUUCACCUUCAAGAGCCGGCUCUUAGAGCCGUUCGUGAAAGACCCAUCACUAUUUGGCACCACCACGCUGUUGCGGACUGUGUGAGGUCCUCGCUCGCAAUUUGGGGAGCUUUUGGGAAAGCCUUUGGAGAACUACUUCUCGAGACAAGAGUGCAACAAUAGUUUACGUAAUUUUCCUUCCAUUCGUUGGUUUUACAGACGUAUUUGAUUUCAAUGGGUAAUGGGCUCAAUAAGGUCCUGCCUGACUUGUACUUGGGAAACUUCAAAGAUGCGAGGGACAGGGAACAGUUAACGAGGAACAACAUCACACACAUCCUCUCCAUCCAUGACAGUGCAGCCCCUAUCCUGCCGGGGAUGACUUAUCUGUGCAUCUCAGCAGCAGACCUGCCCACACAAAACCUGAGAAUGCACUUUAAACAGAGCAUCAUGUUCAUUCACGAGUCACGUCUCAAAGGAGAGGGUUGUCUGGUCCACUGCCUGGCGGGUGUGUCUCGGAGUGUCACCCUGGUGGUGGCCUACAUCAUGACGGUUACAGGGCUGGGCUGGCAGGAGGCUCUGGCUGCUGUGAGGGUGGCUCGGCCCUGCGCUGGGCCCAACCUGGGCUUCCAGCGCCAGCUCCAGGAGUUUGAGACCAAUCACGCUGACCAGUUCAGGGAGUGGCUUUGGCAAUUAUACAAAGAGAGGCCCUUCAACGACGAAGAUGACAUUCGCAUCCUGUUGGCCAAGAGUUUCAAACCCAAUGGGGUGGGGGUGGAGGUGAAUGUUGAGCCGUCCACCCCUCCAGGAUUGCAGGGUACCUGAGAUCCCUUAUCCAGGUCUGAAGGCUUACACUGUGGGAUGAUACCACUCUGGCUCCUAGAGGGUGGGUGGGGGGUUCUUUCUCUGUCGGUACGCUGUUAGACCAGUCUCUCUCUCUGUUGUUGUCCCUCUACUGGGGGAGGAUGGAUCGAUGGAUGCACCAUUUUGAGAAUGUUUAUUGAUGUUUUAUUAUGGCUAAUACCACUGGUUUUAUUACCCCUAAUUUAUGUACAGUGUUUAGUUAUAUAUGGCACUUUCAGCAUUUGUACUUGUUUUUCUAAACCUCGAAAAUGUAUGAUAUUGUUGUCAUGUCAUUUGUUCCUACUUGAAGCCACGUCAGCUUUUUGUGCAUUAAUAAAAGGAUUAAAGAUGAAA